CCGUUAGCAGCUGCGGCCGUGCACUCACUCUCAGUACGGCUGUGCGGGGCGCGGGGGGAAGUUUCCUGGGGUUACACACACAUACCGACAUUUACCGCCUGCCUGGGCAAGCCGACCCCCCCCACCCAACUUAACGCGCACCACUCGUGCCCGGUGGGAGCGGGGCAGCUGGUUCCGCCGCUGCUGUGAGGUCGCCAUGCUGGAGAUGGCGCGUAACCUGUGUUUCCUUGUGGGGAUUAUUUCUUUACUUUCAUGCGUCGGCGCUCAACAAGCAGGUGGAAUUGAAUGUUUGAAAAUCAAUGCUAAAUCAUGUGGGGAAUGCAUACAAGCAGGACCCAACUGCGGGUGGUGCUCAGACGUGAACUUUCUGCAAGAAGGCGAGCCCACUUCAGCACGCUGCGAUGACUUGGCUGCGUUGAAACAGAAAGGUUGCCCUGAAGACCAAAUUCAGAAUCCCAGAGGUAGUAACUAUAAACUCCGAGACAAUCCAAUAACUAAUAAGGCCAAAGGAGUGCGGAUAGACCCUGCAAAUAUCACUCAGAUACGACCCCAGCAAUUAGAAUUCCAUCUGCGAAUGGGGGAGCCACAGACAUUCAAUUUAAUGUUCAGAAGAGCAGAAGAUUACCCUAUUGAUUUAUACUAUCUUAUGGACCUCUCUUAUUCUAUGAAGGAUGAUUUGGAGAAUGUGAAAAGCCUUGGUACAGCACUCAUGCGGGAAAUGGAGAAAAUUACUUCAGACUUUAGGAUAGGUUUUGGCUCUUUUGUGGAGAAAACAGUUAUGCCUUACAUCAGUACAACACCUGCAAAACUUAUCAACCCGUGCACCAGUGACCAAAACUGCACAAGCCCAUUUAGCUAUAAAAAUGUGCUGAAUCUUACAGCCGAUGGGGGCUACUUUAACGAACUUGUAGGCAAACAGCACAUCUCCGGUAACUUGGAUUCCCCCGAGGGUGGAUUUGAUGCAAUAAUGCAAGUUGCAGUGUGUGGAGAGCACAUUGGCUGGAGAAAUGUUACACGCUUAUUAGUCUUUUCCACGGAUGCUGGCUUCCAUUUUGCAGGUGAUGGUAAAUUGGGUGGAAUAGUCCUACCGAACGAUGGCAAAUGUCACAUGCAUGACAAUAUGUACACCAUGAGCCAUUAUUAUGACUAUCCCUCCAUUGCUCACUUAGUGCAAAAACUUAGCGAAAACAACAUACAAACUAUAUUUGCUGUUACUGAGGAAUUUCAGCCGGUUUAUAAGGAGCUUAAGAAUCUAAUCCCAAAAUCUGCUGUGGGAACACUGUCUGCAAACUCCAGCAACGUCAUCCAACUGAUUAUUGAUUCCUACAAUUCUCUAUCUUCGGAACUUAUUUUGGAAAACAGCAAAUUGCCAGAGGGCGUAACUAUAAAUUAUAAGUCAUUCUGUAAGAAUGGUGUCAAAGGUACAGGAGAGAAUGGAAGGAAAUGUUCCAACAUCUCUAUUGGGGAUCAGGUAGAAUUUGAGAUAAGCGUGACUGCUAAGAAGUGUCAUAAAGGGCCUCCGGAAUCCAUUAAAAUCAAACCUCUGGGAUUUACUGAAGAAGUAGAAAUUCUUCUGCAUUUUAUCUGUGACUGUGAAUGUCAGCAAGACGGCAUCCCGGACAGCCCAAAAUGUCACAAUGGAAACGGCACCUUUGAAUGUGGAGCAUGCAGGUGCAAUGAUGGUCGUAUUGGAAAAGAGUGCGAGUGCAGCACCGACGAGGUUAACAGUGAAGACAUGGAUGCCUUCUGUAGAAAAGACAAUAGCUCUGAAAUCUGCAGCAACAAUGGGGACUGUAUCUGUGGCCAAUGUGUGUGUAAAAAGAGAGACAAUCCUAAUGAAGUCUACUCUGGCAAAUAUUGUGAAUGUGACAACUUUAACUGUGACAGAUCAAAUGGCCAAAUCUGUGGAGGCAGAGGUAUUUGCAAGUGUAGAGUGUGCGAAUGCUUUCCCAAUUACUCUGGUAAUGCAUGCGACUGCUCGGAGGAUACAUCAACCUGUCUUGCCUCAAACGGGCAAAUCUGUAACGGCCGAGGAAUCUGCGACUGUGGAAGAUGUAAAUGUACGGACCCCAAAUUCCAAGGAGCUACCUGUGAAAUGUGUCAGACGUGCACCGGUGUUUGUAACGAGCACAAGGAGUGUGUCCAGUGUAGAGCGUUCCAGAAGGGCCAGAAGCAAGAAACCUGCCAGGAAGAGUGCAUGUAUUUCAAUAUCACCAAGGUGGACAGUCGAGAUGACUUGCCUCAGCCAGGCCAGGUAGAUGCUUUGAGUCACUGCAAGGAGAAAGAUGCGCAAGACUGCUGGUUUUACUUCACAUACUCGGUGAACGCCAACUCGGAAAUCCAUGCGCAUGUUGUGAAGGACCCAGAGUGUCCCAGUGGCCCUGACAUUAUUCCCAUUGUAGCUGGUGUGGUUGCUGGAAUUGUUCUCAUUGGUCUGGCUUUACUACUUAUAUGGAAGCUUCUUAUGAUCAUCCAUGACAGAAGAGAGUUUGCCAAAUUUGAGAAAGAAAAGAUGAAUGCCAAGUGGGAUACUCAAGAGAACCCAAUUUACAAGAGUCCUAUAGAUAUUUUCAAGAAUCCAAACUAUGGACGCAAAGCUGCUCUAUAAAUCUCAGGUGAAAAUCCAAUUUACAAGAGUGCAGUGACAACUGUGGUGAAUCCAAA